CUGAUUGAAAACCUCAUACGACCUCGUUUCACCUGAAUGUUUUCACUCAAUAAAAUCAAAACGCCAUUAUUAAAACGCAAAUCGCGACAAGGAGCGUUUCCACUAAGACCGAAAAAAAUGGAGACAGUAGGAGAAGCGACGCCGAGAGUCGCCGUGGUGGUUUUCGUCGUCAAAGGAAACUCGGUGUUGUUAGGGAAGCGCCGCUCAUCAAUCGGCAACUCCACCUUCGCUCUCCCCGGCGGUCACCUCGAAUUCGGAGAGAGCUUCGAAGGAUGCGCAGCGAGAGAAGUGAUGGAAGAAACGGGGCUUGAGAUAGAGAAGAUGAAGCUCUUGACUGUCACAAACAACGUCUUCAAGGAAGCUCCGAAGCCAUCUCACUACGUCACUGUGUUCAUGCGUGCGACGCUUGUGGAUCCGAAUCAGGACCCGGAGAAUAUGGAGCCUGAGAAGUGUGAAGGGUGGGACUGGUACGACUGGUUCAAUCUCCCGACGCCUUUGUUUUGGCCGCUUGAGAAAAUGGUCAACAGCGGUUUCAAUCCUUUUUCUGAUUAAGUUCUGCAAGAUGGGCAUUUGGUCCAAAAGAAUUAAAGACUAUUGCAUAACAUGUUUUUUUUUCUUCUGUGUAAUGGAUUUUAUUUAAGGGAAAUAGGGAUGUAUAGCCACAAAAAAAAACAAUAAUUAAGUAACUAACUAAAAAAUAAAGUACCUCCAUUA